CCUUCCGAAAGCUAGGUUGAGCGAGCCUUAUAAAAGAUCUUACGUUGUAGAAAAGACAAAAGCCAGCCCAAAUCACCUUGCGAGUGAUGUGAUCAAAUAUUGACCUUCGUUCAGAGGUCUGGUUAUUGCAACAUGUCAUGACACAGCUCAAAGAGCGAAUCUCGAGUUAAGAUGUUGAGGGGAAAUCUGUCGAGCGUUUGGAUGGAAACAUCACUUUUCUCGCAGUCUUGGAGACUCCGGUCUAGUGAAUGGAGGUGAUCAUGAAGGGCCAGCUCGGCAAAUGGAGUGUACAAAUACUUCUCAACGCCGCAAUGCUAGGAUUGGUUAGCGUGAACCUUACAAUUCCGAAUAAACUGCAUCAAAUUUGCCGACGAAACAUGAUGGCACCAACAAAGAUGAAUCAUAGUGAGAGUUGCAAGCUCUUAAGCGAAGAAAAGUUGGACACCAUCAACGCACGGCUUAGCCACGUGUCUUCAGGGUCCUUCGUUGCUUAAGUUGGAGGAGCUUUACAAUACUGACACGGAAACCAUUUCCUACAUAUUCCUGGCCAAUUCCAUCUCCAGUGUGGUUGGAUUUUUUAUUUGGACAGCAUUGAUGGAACGUGUACCUAAGUAUAGGCUCCUAUUCUUCGCCUUUACUGUGUUGCUCUCCGGUUUGGCUAGUGCCCUGUUUCCACACGGAGGCACACUACCCAUCCUCAUUGUGAUCGCUUCCUGGUACGGCAUUCAUUCGACUUCAAUCCAUUGUGGUAUUAAUGCUUUAUGCCUUGAAGUUUGGAGAGGACAAAAUACUGCGCCACAUAUCCACAGCCUCCAUCUCCUAUUUUCGGUGGGAGGAUUCAUUGCUCCUCUCGUCAGCAAACCUUUCAUUGGUCCCAACCAAUCUGCCAAUCAAUUGACCUGGCUCUUCCUAUGGGGGUCUUUGCCAUGUUUUGUGGUCGGAUUAUUCCUUCUAGUUUACUAUUUUGGACCUUGGAACCAAUUCGAUUCUAAAACUCCACGGCCCGUGUCUACAGUUCCCGAUGACGAAGAGACUCCCAAAGAAGCAGUGGCCAAGCCAAAAGGGUCUCGUGCCAUAAUAACGUUAAUGUGCUUUUUUGCUUCGUGUUAUGUUCUAUUGGAAUUCUCCUUGAUCAGCUUUUUGCCAACAGUGGCCGUGAAAUUGCCCUUGAACCUAAGCACUGACGAAGCUGCCAACACCUUUGCCAUUUUCUUCGCCGCCUUCACAAUUUCCAGGGGUUUGGCUAUUCUUUUGGGUAUCAAAUUCAAAGCCAACCACACUGUCCUUUUUAAUCUGGGAAUGCUGGCAAUUGGAUCCAUUGUGCUGAGUAGUUUUGGAACGAGUGCCAAAUGGGUGUUCCAAUGUGGGUACGGAAUCACAGGCUUGGGUAUGGGUUCCAUGUUUGGGAAUGUGUUUGUGUGCUUAGAACAAUAUGUGACAGUGACGCACAGAGUGGCUAAUAUCAUUAAUCUAGGUGCCAUUUUGAUUUGUAUGGCUUCUCCGCCGUUGGUUGGGCACUUCAUCGACAGCUUUCCAAUGAUUUUGAUGUAUCUGCAACUCUUGGUUGCAAUCGCUUUGUCAGCCAUUUUUAUAGCUAUCAACCGCAUCGGUAAUGGUCUUGCCAAAUAAAUAUGACACCAAGAACGAUGCUAAGUUUGAGAAGCAUA